CCGAGGAUGCGGACUACAUGUUCAUGAGCUGUGUGGCAUCGGGCAGUCGCUCCAGGGCACGGCAUCACCACAUCGCCAGUGAGGCCCGGAACAUUCUGGAGAUCGUGGAGGAUCGGGACGACAGUUCACCCAGAUUCCCACUGACGGAGGAAUUCCAAGCUGCAGUGGCCCCAUGUGGUGCUACCCCACCGCUGCCGGCCCACCCACUGCCACCGCUGGGGGACCAGUCGUACGAGGAGGGGGAGCCCUGCGGCCCCAUGGCCCCCUGCCCCACGGACGGCCUGGACUCGGACGAGAGCCUGUACGAGUCGUACGGGGAGGAGGAGGCGUGUGCGGCGCGUGGCACGGACUCUCUGCAGGCACUGCCCGCCCCCUCCCUCACCCACAUCUGUGGCCUCCUCUGGCGCAAACAGUGGCUGGGACGAUGGAGCAGGCAGCUCGUGCUCAUCAAAGGCCAGCUGCUGUUGAUGGGAGGCAACUUGUCAAAGCAGGUAAAGGAGCUGGACGAAGAAGCGAGAACUUUGAGUAUCUCUAGUGCUGCGGCCGUCCGCUUAGUGAUCACCUCCAAUAUAGCCUGCAAUCGUAUAAUCCGGUUUAACAAGUACGAUAUCCCCAGGAACCAUCCUGAGCCCACGUGGCUGGCUCAUUAUAUGAGAUAA